AUGCUGAAGGAACUCCAGAUCUCCCUGUCACUGGUCCUGCUGCUUGCCUGUGGCUUUCUCUACCACCUCACACUGAGGCCCCACUGCCUCUUUUCCUGCCUGCCACCCUUCAGGUCCCCACAGGGGCCCGAAGAGCUCCUGCGCCAAGGACACGGCAUCAUGUUUGUAGAGACCUCUGAGAGAGUGGAGCCACCCCCACUGGUGUCCUGUGCUGUGGAGUCUGCUGCCAAAAUUUACCCGGGGCAGCCUGUGGCCUUCUUUAUGAAAGGGCUCAGCAAUACCACCCGGCCGGCCCCAAACGCCAGCAACCCUGCUUUCUCUCUCCUCUCAGCCCUGGGCAAUGUUUUCCUCCUCCCUCUGGAUAUGAAAAGGCUGUUUGAAGAUACACCCCUGUUUUCCUGGUACACUCACGUCAACAGCAGUACACAGAGAUACUGGCUCCAUGUCAGCUCGGACGCAUGCCGCCUGGCCCUCAUCUGGAAGUACGGUGGUAUCUACAUGGACACAGACCUCAUCUCCAUCAGACCCAUCCCUGAGGAGAACUUUCUGGCUGCUCAGGCUUCCCAGCACUCCAGUAAUGGGGUGUUUGGAUUCCUCCCCCAUCACCCCUUUUUGUGGGGAUGCAUGGAAAACUUCGUGGAACACUAUAACUCAGACAUAUGGGGCAACCAAGGUCCCAAUUUGAUGACCAGGAUGUUGAGGGUGUGGUGCAAACUUGGAGACUUCCGAGACCUGAGUGACCUCAGGUGUCUCAACUUGUCCUUCCUGCACCCCGAGAGAUUUUACCCUAUCUCCUAUCCAGAGUGGAGGCGCUACUAUGACGUCUGGGACACAGACCCGAGCUUCAACUCCUCUUACGCCCUCCAUUUGUGGAACUACAUGAACCAGGAAGGGAAGACUGUGGUUAGAGGCAGCAACACUCUGGUGGAAAAGCUCUACCAAAAGCACUGUCCCAGGACUUACCAGGACCUGAUUCUAGGCCCAGAGAGAGCAGUGACCAGGGAGCUGAGUCCAGGAGCCAAAUAG